AUGAAUUGUCAAAAACUCAAGGGUGUCACCGAACUUCGCAAGGGAUGCUCUUCGGAGUCAUCGCUCAAGGCGGCAUCUCGGCACUUCGAUCUCUUCCUUGAAGAGGUGAUUUUGUCCGGCACCAUUGGCGGAAAAGAGAAGCAGCAGCUCUUUCCAAUAAGAACCGUCAAUAACAGCACAGAUAGCAACAACAUUGAUAACAGCAAAAGAUUGGAUGGUGAUGCGCAGACGCAGUACUCGUUCAAAACCAUCGCCGUGGAAAAGAUCAACGACAAACUGCUGAAUCUCUUUGCUGGAUAUUUGACAAGGGCCGAAAAACUCCGUGGGAAUAAGAACGAAACGCAGGACAAUUUCUCGGAUGGCAACGGAAUUUCGUACAACACGGCAGAACGAUACCUGAGCUCCAUUAAGAACGAGAUUCUUCGUCGUUGCCUUGAUUUGGGGCUAAAGAGAUCUUUCGACGAUGCGCAACAAACGCGAAUUCGCCAGUCCAUGACAAGACGUUUUGUUGAAAGAGCCGUCCGGAACAAGACGCCUCUGGCCAGAUCUCAUGUCACAGCUGCUCGGAACGACUUUCUUGUAAUUGCGUUGUUAUGUAUCUGGGACGGUUCUUUUCCGAUGGCGGAUAUGUUAUUUUAUCUUUUGACGCUCCGAUACUUAGCCGGCCGGGGCCAGGAAGUGGCCAUGAUAUCACGGUCUAGAGUUUCUCUUGGAGAGCCAUCAGAAUGGGCCGAUAGUGGUGACAAGACCUUUGUUGUGAGGCUGUGGAUGUUACGGUACACUACCUUGCGGCAUGUCCCUCGGACAGCUCCCACUUGGUAA